AUGCAAAAUAGGGAUGACUUGAACAAGAAACUUGUGCAUCUAGCUAAUCAAUCCAAAGCCUUGAAUUCUCAAGUUUUAAAUUUCUUGAAACUUUUGGAGUCCAAGCAUAGUCAUGCAUCAUCAUCUUCACUAGGACCACAAACUAGAGUACACAAGGCUCCUUCUAACCCCAAAGACAAGAUUGAUCUACACACUUUUAGGGAGAAGAGAAUGAGUCCUCCACCCAUUUUCCAAUCUAACCUGAGUUUUAGGAAGGGAAAGCAAGUAUGGUUGAUCAAGGAAGACUUUGAGAAACUCACUAUUUCAACCAAGUUAGAGGCCCCGAGUGCUAUUA